AUGAGGGCUGGUGUUGAUAUCUUUGCUCUUGACUAUGAUGCUAUUAUUGCUGCCAUGUAUGCAUUGACUGUUAGUGCCGAGGGAGACUGUUACUUGUGUGUGCCGCCUGACCCAGGUAUAGGGCCCGCUGCCCUAGGUACUAGUGAGUCUGCUCUCUCUGGUAUGGUGCCCCCUGUACCUGCUCCCUCCUGCACUGUCCCUGCUGCUUGCGAGUCUGCUCUCUCAGGUACAGCACCCACAGAGACUGCUCUCUCAGUCCUUGCCCAGUCCACUACUGUGCUCCCUUGUCCGGCGGUUCCGUCUGGCUCGUUGACGGGUUUCCACCUCCCCUCGUUCUCGACGAACCUGGUGAGCAACGCUGUCCUCCAGGAUCAGUGGGUUGACACCUUUACCCCUGGAGGACAGCGUGUGGCGAUCUGCACGUGCUCCAGGACCGGCCGUCACCUGGCUACGUCCCUCCCUCCCCUCCCUGCCUCGCCUGCGCCGCCUUGCCUUCCUUGCGUCGAGGGGCGGCAGCGCGCCGCUCCUCACUCCUCCUCGUUCCCCCCGACAGAGGCUCCUCUGCAGACCCUCCACCUGGACGUGUGGGGCCCAGCCCGCGUUCGUGGCCAGGGCGGUGAGCGGUAUUUUUUGCUGGUUGUCGACGACUACUCGCGUUACACCACGGUCUUCCCCUUGCGCACCAAGGGUGAGGUCCCUGCUGUUCUGAUCCCUUGGAUCCGCACAGUUCGUCUCCAGCUCCGCCGCCGUUUCCGGACGGAUCUUCCUGUCCUGCGUCUGCACUCUGACAGAGGUGGUGAGUUUUCCUCCGACCUCUUGAGGACCUUCUGUCAGGCGGAGGGCAUCGAGCAGACCUUCACGCUUCCAGACUCCCCACAGCAGAAUGGGGUUGCUGAGCGCCGCAUUGGCCUGGUCAUGGAGGUCGCUCGUACCUCCUUGGUCCAUGCGGCGGCUCCCCAUUUUCUGUGGCCGUUUGCUGUCCGGUAUGCCGCGCAUCAGCUCAACCUCUGGCCCCGUGUCUCCUUGCCGGAGACCUCGCCCACACUGCGUUGGACGGGGGAGGUUGGCGAUGCGUCGCGCUUCCGGGUGUGGGGUGCUCGUGCCCUUGUCCGCGAUACGUCCGCGGACAAGCUCUCCUCCCGCACGCUUCCCUGUGUCUUCCUUGGCUUUGUCCCUGACGCGCCGGGCUGGCAGUUUUACCACCCCACCUCGCGCCGGGUCUUCGCCUCUCAGGACGUCACCUUUGACGAGUCGGUCCCUUUUUACCGUCUCUUCCCCUACCGUACUGCCCCCCUCCCUCCCCCGCCGCUUUUCCUUGCUCCUGGUCCCCCUCCGGUAGACCCCCUUCCCCCUCAGGGUCCUGCUCCUUCAGGUGUCUCUCAGGUAGACCCUCCUCCCGUCGCUGAGCCUGUCGAGGUCACAGGUGACUCAGGUGCUGCUGCAGGUGGUGCUGCUGGGAGUGCUGAGCCUGCGGGUGCUGGGCCUGGGAGUGCUGGGACUGCAGGUGCUGGAGCUGAGGGUACUGUGCCUGAGAGUUCGGCGCCUGGGGGUGCUGAGCCUGGGGGUGCUGCGACUGGGGGUGCUGAGCCGGCGUGUGCGGAGUCUGGGGGUGCUGAGUCUGGGGGUGCUGCGACUGGGGGUGCUGAGCCGGCGUGUGCGGAGUCUGGGGGUGCUGAGUCUGGGGGUGCUGCGCCUGCGGGUACUGAGCCUGGGGGUGCUGCUACUGAGCCUACGGAGCCUCGGGUUGCUGCGUCUGGGGGUGCUCCGGUUCGGGGUGCUGAGCAGUCUCUCACACCACAGCAGCUUCGUGACUGGUACGUCCGGCGUUUUCGCCGUCCCCGUGGCUCGGCUGGAGCUGGGGGUACUGGAGCUGCCGGGACUGGUUGUUCUGGGAGCACUACGACUGGAGCUGCUGGAGCUGGGGACUCUGGGGGUGCUCUUCCUUGCGGUGCUGCGGACCCUGGGGGUGGUGCUGCUGCUGGUGCUGCGGACCCACCUGGUGGAGCUGCUGCUGGAGCUGAGGACCCGAGCGGUGGCGCUGCUGCUGGUACUGGGGACCCGGACGCUGGAGUCUCUUCUGCUUCUGGAGACGCUGCGCGGCCGCGGCCGUACUUCGUACCGCUCCUUCAGCAGUUUCUUGGGCAGACUCCUCCUUCUUGUCCUCCUCCCUCCGUAGAGUGUCCUCCACCUGUCCAGCCGCAGUCACAGUUACCGCCUACCUCGCCUCUCCCUGCUCCCUCUCCUUACACUGGUCCCACAGGAGGUCUUACAGAGCGUCGUGAGCCUGAGUCUCGUCCUGCGUCGCCUGUCCGUACUGCUCGCACUGGUCGUCGUGUCCGUCGUGAGCGUCCUCCUCCUGUCCCAGGCACUCACUACAUGACUCUGCGUCCCUCUACUGCUCCUCAGCGUGUCCCUCUGCCGUCUCCUCCUGCGUCCUCUUUGCCUGCCGUUCCAGACCCUGAGUCUGACCGGUAUCGUGCUGAGCACCCUACUGUCACGCAUCUCCUAGCUACUGUUGUCACUGACCCUACCUUUGAGUCCUCGGCUGCGUCUGCUCUGGUCGCUGAGUUGGUUGACUUUGCUGCUGCCUGUCGUCUAGACUACGCUGCUCGCCUUGUUGCUGGGUCUGAGUCUGCGUCUGUCUGUCCUCCGUCCGUCGGGGGUGAGUGUGCUAUUGGCACGGACGUCCUUGAGGACAGGCAGGAGGACUUUGACUCUCUCGCGGCUGCUGUACCUCAUCUCGUGGCCUGGUUGCUUGCCCCUGAGGGAGACCCGGAUGCACUAGACAUCCCCACUCCGCGCACUUACGCAGAGGCGAUCUCGGGUCCCUACUCCUCUCAGUGGCAGACAGCCAUGGACGCAGAGAUGGCAUCCUGGAAGUCCACAGGCACCUACGUCGACGAGGUUCCCCCUCCUGGGGCGAACAUCAUCGAUGGCAUGUGGAUUUUCAGGGUGAAGCGGCCGCCAGGUUCUCCGCCUGUCUUCAAGGCUCGUUACGUUGCUAGAGGCUUCAGUCAGCGUCAGGGGGUCGACUUCUUCCAGACCUUCUCCCCCACUCCGAAGAUGACCACUCUUCGGGUUCUGCUGCACGUUGCUGCUCAGCGUGACUACGAGCUUCACUCUCUUGACUUCAGCACAGCGUUCCUGCAGGGCAGCCUGCACGAGGAGAUCUGGCUGCGCCGUCCACCUGGCUUUACUGGGUCGUUUCCUCCUGGUACCCAGUGGAGCCUCCGCCGGCCAGUCUACGGUCUCCGCCAGGCGCCACGCGAGUGGCACGACACACUGAGGACUACACUUGCGGCUCUUGGGUUCGCGCCGUCUACUGCUGACCCGUCGCUGUUUCUGCGCACAGACACGUCGCUGCCGCCGUUCUACAUUCUCGUGUACGUCGACGACUUGGUCUUUGCUACUGCUGACACUGAGGCACUCGCUCGUGUGAAGUCGGAGCUGCAGAAGAGACACACCUGCACUGACCUGGGUGAGCUGCGUAGCUACCUUGGCUUGCAGAUCACCAGGGACAGAGCUCGCCGCACCAUCACCCUGACUCAGUCACACAUGGUGCAGCAGGUCCUUCAGCGCUUCGGCUUCCAGUUCUCCUCACCACAGGCCACACCUCUGGCUACCAGCCACUCGCUCUCAGCUCCACCUCCGGACGAGUCCGUAGAGCCGAGUGGCCCGUACCCAGAGCUUGUGGGCUGCCUCAUGUACCUGAUGACCUGCACGCGACCUGACCUCGCGUACCCUCUUAGCAUCCUUGCUCGUUACGUUGCGCCUGGGAGACACAGGCGAGAGCACUGGGAGGCUGCUAAGAGGGUGCUGCGCUACUUGUGCAGUACAUCAGGCAUGGGGCUGGUGCUUGGAGGACGCGACAGAGUUGUCCUCACUGGCCACUCGGACGCUUCUUGGGUGGACGACCUGGCUACGCAGCGGUCGUCACAGGGUUACACCUUCAGCCUUGGCUCUGGCUCUGUCUCGUGGCGGUCCACCCGCUCUUCCUCUGUUCUCGGCUCUAGUUGUGAGGCUGAGAUCUACGCCACAGCCAUGGCUGCACAGGAGUUACGCUGGCUCACCUACCUGCUGACUGACUUGGGAGAGCGGCCUAGUUCUCCUCCAGUUCUGUACGGUGACAACAAGGCGGCUCUUGCCUUGUGUCAGGAGCACAGACUGGAGCACAGGACGAAGCACAUUGCUCUUCGCUACUUUCUUGCUCGAGAGCUUCAGCAGCGCGGUCAGCUUCGGCUUGUGUACGUGGACUCGAAGGCCAACACUGCUGAUAUCUUCACCAAGGCGCUCCCGCCUAGUGAUCAUCAGCGGCACUGUACUUCUUUAGGCCUUGUGUCCACGUUUCCUCACUUGCUCACUGCUUGA